AUGACGCACCUCCAGUCGGUUGUCGCUACGUGCCAACUCUCCCUCCUUCGCUUCCCCCAUAACCCCCUUAUACAGCACCGUCUACAGCAGGCUUCCCGACAGCUGGAACAAUACCUUUCCUCUCGUGCCGCUGAUAUCGCCUUCAAAGCCAAGCUCAAAGUGGAGGGGGCCCGUGAGAUGGGGGUCCCGUCUCUUCUCAGUGGCCUCAACUCUCAUAUCAAGGCCUCGCAAGUCUCCGCGAUCACACUCCCCUCUGGCCGCCUCACCUCCAACCUCGGCGAAAUCACCGCCCACUGCACCUCCUUCUUUUCCAACCUCUACGGGGCCCCUCCCCAACCCGCUCGUCCGUCGGAUUUCUGGCAUCACCUCCCCCCCUCAUCCCCACCGUCAGCUUUGUUGCUUCCCUUACAGGCGCCCUUCUCGCUUGCCGAAAUUGAUCGGGCAAUGGCCUCUCUCGCCCCUGGCAAGACGCCCGGCAGCGAUGGCCUGCCGGGAGACUUCUUCCGCUUUUACCGUGCUCUCCUCGGCCCGGUCUUCCAUCAACUCUUCGCGUCAAUCUGGCGCUCUCAGUUGUUGCCCCCCUCUAUGAGAGGUGGUCGCACUGUCCUCAUCCCCAAACGGCAGGCUUCCUCAAUGGUCGAGGAUCUUCGCCCUAUUACGCUCAUGAAUGCUGAUUACAAAAUUCUCGCCAUCUGCCUCGCCAACCGUCUUCAACCUGUUCUGCGACACAUUAUCCACCCCGCCCAGACAGCCUUUGUGCGUGGGCGUAGCAUUGGAGAUACGAUCAACGACACUCUCGACUUAAUGGAAUGGGCAGUUGCCCGCUCCGUACCCCUCCUUGUACUCACUGUAGACAUUCGCAAAGCAUACGACCUAGUAGAUCGCGAGUUCAUGUACCAGUGUUUGUCCUAUCUCGGCCUGCCUUCCGACUUCAUCACUUGGGUACGCCUCCUCCACACUGACACCUCAACCCGGGUACUGGUCAAUAAUCAUCCAGGACCCGACUUCCCGGUCCGCUCAGGCGUCCGUCAAGGCUGUCCCCUAGCCCCCCUCUUGUUCAUCUGUGUCAUCGAGGUCCUUCACCGCCAUCUGUCCUCUGCCCUCCCGGGUUUCGCCUUCUCUAACCACCAACGGCGUCUGGCAGCAUGCUAUGCCGAUGACAUUUCCAUUUUCCUCAACUCAGACUCCGAACUUCACACUGCCUCCCAGCUUUUGGACUCCUUUGCCCUGGUCUCCGGGGAACAGCCUAACUGGAAUAAGUGCUCCAUCCUCCCCUUUAAUAUCCCGCACCAGCAGAUUAUGCAUGCAGGCCCCAUUCCGGUGCGCCAGCCCGAAGACGCUGAACGUAUUCUGGGUGUGUUCGUUCAACAGACCCAACCCGGAGUCAGGACGUGGGAACAGAUUCUCGCCACAGCCUCAUCCACCAUCGCAUUUCUCUCCAAACUCCACCUCACUGCUUCGUGCCGCGCUGCCCUUGUCACUGAGAGGGUCAUCCCCCGGAUUGCCUUUGGCGGCCGCUUUCAGCCUCCUCCCCCUCGAUUGCUUAAGCAGCUGGACAUGCUCGUUGGAAAUUUCCUCUCCGCCAGUAAGCAUCACUACACAGGCCUCGUCUCCCGGCUUCUCACCAAACGCAUCCUCUAUAAUAAAAAACAACACGGCGGGAUCGGCGGUCUCGAACCCUCGCAGUACGUCUCUGCCCUCAACGUCCAGAGAGCCUGCCGCCGUUUCCGGCCCACCCCGUUUGAGGACAUCGCACGCAGCUGCUCCACCUUGCCUUUCGGACUUCAUUGCUUCCUUCUCCACCCCCUCAUCUUGAGACAUCUCCAUGUCUCCACCCCCGCGCGUGCCAGGGCUGAACUUGAGUCCUUCCUGGCCAUGUCCCCGCUCAUUCACCCCCCACGCCUGGAACCUUGGGUCCUACUGGCAGAACCUCUCCCCUUUAAUCGUUUUCUCCUCAAGCCGGACGGGCAGCCCUUUGGUGGUCUCAAAGAAGAACUGCCUCUCUUCACCCUCCAACUCCGCCUUGGUCAUCUCCUCACCCCUACAGAGACUGGUCUUCGUCGCCUCUCCAGAGUUGAAAUUUUCCGUCAAUUCCCUACUGCUCGUUUCCCCUGCAGCAGACGUAUCCUCACUGCCAUUAUCGAAGCGGUUCCUCUGGACUGGUGGGAGGUCCUACUCCCUUUUCAACGCCCUCUGGGUUCCUUGGCUGCAGGCGAUUGGACUGUCCCUGUCUCCCCUCCUCCCCUCUCUCCCCCUCAACUUCUGCAGGUUCGGUUCCCAUUACCAGGAGGUCUGGUGGUAGCAGAUAGGUAUGACAUCAGUUGUAGACGUGUAGGCAGGGAACCCGCCAGUUGCAGCAUCGUCCCCGAGCGCUCCCUUCUCACCAUCCUCGUCCGUGACAGAUGGAUCCAUGGCCCCUUUUGCUCCGGUGCUGGGUUAGCUGAUCGCAUAGACUUGCUCCGCCCUGAACCACCAUCCUUAGCAGUCCUUCGCAAACAGUUCUACCGCCCCCAGCCGCUCUCCAUACAGGAAGCCUGGUCGACGGCGUUACAGAUCCCUGUCCCUGCACUGCCCUCGCUUAGACACCCCUUUCUCCGCGAGCAGCCCAGUCGCCCCCGUGACCUCCUCCUCCGCCUUUUUGCACGAGCCCUUCCCACAGGUGCCCGGUUCCGCUUCAUGGAAGAUGGUGGCAGCUGUCGUCGCUGUCAACCCAGACCCCUUGAGACCCUCCUACACGUCUUCAAUGAGUGUGGCCCAGCGGCGUCAGUCUCAGCGGCUCUCUGUCGGGUAGCCCGCUCGCACCUGGGAGUGACUGUCCCGGCUCCGCUUGUAUUCUUCCCUCUCUCCCACCCUGCUGGACAGAUUGCACCUUGGUGUUUGUUGGUGGGCGCUGCUGCCAAGACCCUCUGGGAUGAGCGCUGCGCGGCUGUACAUCAGCGCGAGUCUUCCUCAGCCAUCUCCAUCCUGCACCGUGUCCUAGGAGCUUUCCUUUCCGCUUGCAAGCUUUUCUUCUGGCAGCGGAAAGUGCGGUCGAUCAAAUUCCAAAGAGCAACGGCAUCCAGGGUUCGCUACGCCCAGUGGUCCCUGGUGCCAGCGGGAGUCCUGCUGGGCAGCUAG